AUGAUCUUCCCCAUCUUCAACAUGCCUUGCCUCCACAGCCAUCACCAACCUCCCCACAAUCACUACUCUCGUGAUUCUCAUGACGGUGAAAUAUCGUCCUCUGCAGCCAUCGGUCUAGCUGUUGGCCUCACUCUCAUCGCAGUCGUCGUUGCUGCUCUCGUCUACUGUUGGUGCUGGCGCCAACAAGACCGACACAAGAAGCAUCGAAAGCAAAGCUCUCACCAUCGCGAGAAUCACGUCACAAUUGCAAAUGGAACCAAAACAUCUGAGAAGCAGACACAGCAAAGACAGGACGGCAGCACGCAAACCGAACAAGUCCCUCCACUGCCAAAGGUGCCCCUAUCAAUUCAUCACCAUCAGCAUGAUGACAAGCAUUUUCACGGAGACCACUACCGCGAACAUCUCCACGAAGGCGACCAUAUUCUAGACUUGCUUGAUCACAGAAAUGACUAUGAUGCUCACGGCGACUCCCAUCAGAGCAGCCACGGCCACCAUCGUCAUCGUCAUCGUCAACACCGCUUCCACCGCACCCAUCAAAUCCUCCUUCCCCGAGACCCCAUUGCCGAGUUUGAGAAGCUCAUAAGCCCUCUUUCCCCUGGAAUCCCAGACGCCGCUCGUGCGGAUCUGGAAGCCAUUCUCAAUGGUCUCGAUAUCCCGCUACCGAACGAUCCCGUCCGAGUAAAUGUUGAUGAGGAAGAGGCGAAAGAGAGGCGCAAGAAGAAGCAUCAUCGCCACCAUCAUCAUAGCCACCGCCGUUGUCAUCGUCAUAAGCGCGUGACAGUCCAUUAA